UGUUUAAUGCGGCUUGUAGAGAAUAUUUGAUCUGUGGAUGUAGCUGUGUGGUUUUAGGGUGCCACUGUGAAAAGACUUCGAGAAUACCGCCGGGUGCCAGGAGACCUCACGCCGGUUGCAAAUCAUCGCAGGAAGAGCUGGGUGGAGCGUGAUAUUGAGGCCUGAAGAUGACGCUUGGAGCUGGGCGUUACCAGUCGUCCUUGCCAGGGCUCUUGGACAACAUCGCAUUUGUCCUCACUUACCCAUGGCUUACCAUCGCAAGCUUGUUCCUGUCCUGUUACCAAUCGACCCCUUGGGAAGUUCAGCAUCCCCAGUCAAAACUGACUCAUUAUUUUGUGUAUGGGCCGGUGCUGGGACUGCUUGCCCUAGCAUUUGCGCCACUCGGCCUUUUGGGCUGCAUCCUACAUAUUUUCCUUUGCCAUGCAUUUGUUUGCAACAAAUACAUUCAUAUGACAGUGCCUAAAAAACUGGAGGCAAAUGGCUUUGAUGUGGGUGGUCCUGAUACAGGUCUAGCAAAUUUAUUGCCAUCUAGAAAGUUCACAUUUUGUUCUGCAAACCUCCUGCUUGCACCAGAAUGUGUGGGGAGAUUUAACAAAAAUAAAUUUGUGUACACUCGUGGCCCGGAGGUGGCUAGGAGGUUGCUCUGGCAGCAAUCACUCUGUGAAAACAGUGCAAGUUUGAGUAAAGAGGAUCAUGUCUCUGUAGUAUUCCCUGAAGUGGAUUUCUUCUGCCUGCAAGAGGUUUGGGAAAGAGUUUGGGCACUAUUUCUCAUCAAGGAACUGAUGCAGAAAUAUCCACACUUCCUGUAUGACAUAGGAGAAAACAAACUUGGUGUCAAUGGAUGCAUGGCAGGAAGUGGUCUCUUCUUUGCCAGCAAGUAUCCAAUCCUGAAAGCUACAUUUGAAACUUUCAACUGCAGGAAAGGAUGGGCAAAAUGCAUAUCAUAUGGAGUUCUCUGUGUUAAGGUUGAUGUGGGAGCACCAAGGCAAAACAGAGUUGGGUACAUUGCAAACCUGCAUACUCAGGCAUACCAAGAUCAAGAACCCAUCAUCUAUCAGGAGUUGCAGCAAGCCCACACGGCGUUUGAACGUUUCCGCCAAGAAACACUGGGCUCAGAUGAAGAGUCAGUGUUCCAGAUGAUGUGUGGCGACUUCAACUACGACAAUAUGUCACCAGGCGAUGCCAUGAACCAAAGUCAUCCGAUGUUUGAGGAUUACGAGGACUUCUGCCGAGUCGGGCCCGGCACGGACAAGCCAUGGACUGUUGGCACGGAGAUGCGUCAAGUAAUGAUGUUCGACGACCGUCUGAACAGCCCGCGCAGCUUCCGACGCAUCCUCAUCGACGACGUGGAGCGGCGUCGCUUUGUGCUGGACGCCGACGUGGUGAGCCAGACGCUGGAGCUGGCGCGCUCGCCGCCGCCCGCGUGA